AAAUACUUCACGCUUGAAUUUGUCUUUCUUCACUGUGGCCUCUCUCCUUCUGCCCUCUCUGCUACCCUACGAAGACCCCAAAAUCUCCACUGGAACAUCCCAUACACGCAGACAGAGGAGAGAGGAAGCAGCUACAAAGGUUCCUCAGACAAGGUCUGGUCUCAGAUUCUUUGCGAACCCAUCAAGAAAUUCUUUGCUCAUCCCUGCGAACAAGACAUUGGGGUGAGCUUCUCCGGCAAAAUUCUGAUGUCCUGUCUUUCUGGUCGGAGAUGCUCUGUUUCUUCUGCGAGCCCGUUGGGUGAAUCUUCCGGCGGGUUUUCCAGCUCGGAGCUCGUUUUUCGCCGGCUGUGAGUUCCUUGCGGAGAUGGGUUUGGUGAAGAACCUGGGAAAGGCGAUUACGUUUCUUCUUUCACUGGGUGUUCAUGGUGGCUUUCGGACGUCAGUUCCAUCGCCUCCAUAGAAGAUGAUGAUAUCCACUACGUGCCCCCCCAAAGUUCACCAUCAUCUUGCUAAAAGAUCGAUGGGAUUCUAAGGAGGCCUGGCAGGUAGACAGGAUCGGCACAAUUAAAUUCUCUAAUGCAGACGUCGUGACGGGAAUUUGAGAAUGCCUAAGAGAGCAUAUUGUCAGGUGAAGCAAGAGUUCGACCCUUACUUGCCACAAUUCCACGCCUUAGAUCGCUUGGGAACUCAUUUCUAUACCCAGAAUUACCUUAAGAAGUUCUGCACGCUAGACUCAUCCUCCGCUUCUAGUAAUCCGAUAUUGACCCAAGACUGUCUCUUCCAACGAUACGAUCAUCAGAGUUCCCCUGAGGAUCACACCCGAGCCUCUUCGAUUAGUGGGUCCUGCCUCACUGAUGAAUCAGAUGACUUUAAGCACAAGCUGAGGGAGCUCGAGACUGUGAUGCUGGGACCUGAUGAUCCAGAUAUUUUUUAUAGUAAUAACGACAGUAAGAGAGAGUCAGACUUAUCCCUCCCUUGGAGGAUAUUGAUGGAUCCCAUUUCUAUCUCUUUUGGCGAUCUGAAGCAAGUUCUUAUUGACUCGGCAAAGGCAGUUUCUGAAGAUGAUCUUUCGACGGCCCAGCGGUUGAUGGGCAAGUUGCGUGGGAUGGUCUCUGUUUCUGGGGAACCAAUCCAACGGCUAGGAGCAUACAUGUUGGAAGGGCUAGUAGCGAGACUGGCCUCCUCAGGAAGUUCGAUUUAUAAGGCCUUGAGGGGCAAAGAACCUGAGAGCACCGAGCUGCUCUCAUACAUGCACAUCCUUUACGAAGUCUGCCCAUAUUUUAAGUUUGGAUACAUGUCUGCAAACGGGGCUAUUGCAGAGGCCAUGAAGGACGAGAAGCUUGUCCACAUUGUUGAUUUCCAGAUUGGGCAGGGGUCUCAGUGGAUCACCCUGAUCCAGGCCUUCGCAGCCCGUCCCGGUGGGGCCCCUCAUAUUCGGAUCACGGGCCUAGACGACUCUACAUCAGCGUAUGCCAGGGGAGGCGGGCUGGAGAUCGUGGGGAAGAGGCUCUCCAGGCUCGCGGAGUCAUUUGGAGUCCCCUUUGAGUUCCAUGCAGUGACAGCAGUCUCAGGCCGUGAUGUCGAACCUAAGAACCUGUGCCUCAGGCCUAAUGAGGCCUUGGCUGUGAACUUUGCAUUUGUGCUCCACCACAUGCCUGAUGAAAGUGUGAGUACCCUGAACCAUCGGGACCGGCUCUUAAGGAUGGUCAAGGGCCUGUCACCGAAGGUCGUGACCCUCGUGGAACAAGAAUCCAAUACCAACACCGCGCCUUUCUUCCCGAGAUUCGUGGAGACUCUGAACUAUUACACAGCCAUGUUCGAGUCGAUUGAUGUGACGCUUCCGAGAGAACACAAGGAGAGGAUCAACGUGGAGCAGCACUGCCUCGCGAGAGAUGUUGUCAACAUAAUCGCGUGUGAGGGGGCGGAGAGGGUUGAGAGGCACGAGCUUCUCGGCAAGUGGAGGUCAAGGUUUUCUAUGGCCGGGUUCAGCCCGUACCCUCUGAGCUCCUUAGUGAACUCCGCCAUUAAGACGCUGCUGGAGAAUUACUCAUACAAGUACCGGCUCGAGGAGAGGGGUGGGGCGCUGUAUCUCGGAUGGAUGGAUAGAGAUUUGGUCGCUUCUUCGGCAUGGAAAUGACAGCUUUCGGAAAAAGCAGCCCAAAACUUUCGGGCUAUAGAACGCAUCUGUUUUACUCUUUUUUUUUCCUCUCAAAAACUGUGUACUUUGUAUAGAUACCGAGGCGCACCUCUCGGGGAUCAGAGGUUUUUUGAGGGCAGAGGUCGAGUAAACUCCGAGCCGGGCUGCUUGCUCUAUUGAUGUUUGUUGUAGUUGUAGCAGGAAGGACUUUGCUUCUUCUGCAUUAUCUUGGGUUUUGCCAGCAACCAUUUUCAAUAAAUUGAUGGUUGUGGACCA